UUUAAUCACUAGCAACCUACCAAAUUUCUCAUCGAGUCCCAUCGCAAACGCGUUUCGAACCCCUCCCACCUGGCGCAGUAGAACUGGUCGCGACAGACCUCACGCUACCAAACCGGCUCAGCGUUGAAAAUGGCGACUCGGCGCAUAAUCUCGCCGCGCUCGCCGUUGGGCUUGCCCUUCCGAGCUAUACUAUCGCGGCCGUAUUCCUCCACCAGCCCUGCGCGCGAGACCGUCCGGUUGGCGUUCGAUCACCACACGCCCCAGAAAGGACGUGUCGGCCCGACAGAGUCGCCCAUAAUAUUCAUGCAUGGCUUAUUCGGCUCCAAGAAGAACAACAGGACCGUGAGCAAAGUCUUGGCCCGCACUCUCGGGCGUCAUGUCUACGCGGUGGACCUGCGAAACCACGGCGAAAGCGGCCACGCGCCGCGCCACGAUUACCUCGCCAUGGCCGACGACGUCGCGGCCUUCAUCCACGACCGCGGCCUACGGGAACCCACUCUAAUCGGCCAUUCCAUGGGCGCGAAAACCGCCAUGACACUCAGCCUGAAAGAGCCGGGGCUGAUCAAGGACAUCGUGUCGGUGGACAACGCGCCGGUGGACGCGGUGCUCGGGACAUCGUUCGGGCGGUACAUCGAGGCGAUGCGGCGGAUCGAGGAGGCCGGGGUGGUGCGGAAGUCGGACGCGGACAAGAUGCUGGAGCAGUACGAGGAGAACCUCGGGGUGCGCCAUUUCCUGCUGGCCAACCUCCACCACGCGCACACCGAGGACGGCUCCGUCGACCCGACCUUCCGCUUCCGCGUCCCGCUCGACAUCCUCGCCCGCUCCCUCGGCCACAUCGGCGACUUCCCCUUCAAGGACCCGCAGGAGGCCCGCUUCGAGAAGCCCGCCCUGUUCGUCCGCGGCACCCGCAGCACGUACGUCCCCGACGAGGUCAUCCCGGUCAUCGGCCAGUUCUUCCCCCGCUUCGAGCUCGUGGAUAUCGAUGCCGGGCACUGGGUUAUCUCCGAGCAGCCGGAUAAGUUCAUUCGAGGUGAGUUGAGAAUCUUUGCGUAUGUUGUUCAUUUUUGGAGGCCGGGAGCUAACUAGAAUAACCAUCUGUAGCGGUCACUGAUUUCCUCACGCCGAAGGAAUGAUUUUUUUUUUUAAAGAGAGAAAGAGCGAAGUAAGUAAUGGGGAUAUAAGAACGGGCUUUGCAUAUAUUAUAUCUGCUUGUAUAAACGUGUACCAGUGCAUCAAGGGGGGAUAUCAUAUAGAGAAAG